AUUUCUUAAGAUAUUUACUGCAACUUGCUCCGGUACGUCAAUCGCUUCUUCUGUCGAGCUUCCGGCGAACUUCCAUCGAUCAUCCGAUGAACCCUCGGUGAUUCUCCUACGGACUUCCGGCAAACUCCUGGACUUGCGACGAUCCACUUGGCGAGUUCCGACGAGCUUCUAUGGCAAGCUUAUGGACUUCUCGGAUUUGUUCCCGCAGAACCUCCGACGACUUGUCCGAACUUCCGUCGAGCUCUCGAACUCCCAAUGUGAUCAUUGUCAUGACUCCGGCGCAACUCCUGCUGCAUGUCUUACUUUCAUCGUAGUUAUUCCUGCACACUUAUCUCAACACAUAGAUUAGACAAACAAAUGUCAAUUGACUUCAUCAUCAAAAUCCGAGAUUCAACAGCUUGCGCGACCUGCCCUCCUACGCCGUGCUCCCCGAUCGCACGCUCUCCGAGACCCCGAUCUCUGCUCGGCUUCCCGACUGAGUUGUGCACCUCGGCCCCAUGUUGCCCGAGACACACCCGUGCGGCCAGCCCGCCUACGUCGUGCUCCUCGGGUCUGCGGAACCAGCCCACCUGAAGAAAGAAGCCAUGCAUCGGACCCCCUGCGUACGACAACCGACGCAUAGCUCCUUUCGGGGGGGGGGAAUAUGAUAAGGGUAAAAAUGGCGAUGUAAUGCGCUAUGACGUCAGCCAUACUUGGGCGACGUCCUGCCCGAGGAAAUGCGUAUUAACGCCGACUUGAUAUGCGCCAGCGUCACCCGCUCCCAGACAACGACCGAACCAUCUGACCCCGCGUGCUCGGCCAAGGUAGAGGGGGACGUCGGCUGAAGCUCGCCCAUACCCUGUGGCAGUUCAGUUCUCCACGCAACCCCAGUGGCGAUGUUAGACGCCAUCGGAGGUACGGUCCUACUCCUGCUGGCAGCCACAUCAGGUAACAUCAAACUCAUCUAUAAAUACCCCAGAGUUCUAAACAAACAAGGGGAGAAAAGACAAGCACAACGCACUCGGAGGCAUCUCUUCCUCGAAAACCUUAUCCACAUCGCUGACUUGAUCAUCGGAGGGGUCGGGUCGAGCUUCCGACCCGACCUGUGUGCAGGUGCGAGACGACGUCGCCUCUUCCCGACGCUGCGGCAAAGCUCUCCACCCGACGCGACAUCCCGACCCGACCAUCGUGACCGGCCGUCGGGAGACCUCAAGGGACACCACGCAAGAUUUUCGCAAUUCGGACCUCCCCGAACAAGCCGCGUCGGCCCCAAGGCCACGACUAAAAAAGUUAUUUACACCAACACCCAUCAAGGUUUCAGGGGGUGAUUCAGUCUUGUCAACAGGCAGAGUCAAAAUAAUUCACGCACCCAGAGUCCCGCAUGGCUGAAUGUAACUGGAGAUGAGACGUGGAGCCCAUGAGAGAGAUGGGUGCGAGGGUGAGUCAUUUAGUGCGACGUGUAGCAUACAAGAAAUAUUUAUCUGGGGGCAAAAUAAAAGAAAGGAUUUCCCCACCGGUUAAUUUGAGACAGAAGUCUGCCCUCGUUAUUGUAGGAGGUUAUACUGAGCUUCUUACGGACCGACCGUUUUCCACCAAUUGUAUAGCAGGUAUGAUUUGCGAGUAAACCAUCAGAUGUAAGAAAAAGAUUUUUAUGAUGAAGUUGCGGCCACAUAGAUCACAUUUGGACCGACCAACCCUUUCCCCCAUUCCUAUUUGUCGUAAACCCAAACCCGCACGUACCAAAUAGCCUGUCUCUCUCUCUCUCCGGUCUUUGCACACUGUAUUUGGUCGGUUCCUCCGCCCUACAACUUGGAGCUGCGAAUUCGAUCUCGCCUUCCUUCGUUUUGCACCCGCGGCGCCCGGAUUCGAGCCGGGCCGUCGAAACCCUAGCGCCCCCCCCCUCCGCCCCAAACUUUGGGCGCCGGAGCGGAGGGCGAUGGCGGCGGAACUGGGGCAGCAGACGGUGGAGUUCUCCGCCCUUGUGCGACGAGCCGCGGAGGAUUCCUACCUCGCCCUCAAGGAGCUGGUGGAGCGGUCCCGGGCGCCGGAGGACCAGCGAUCCGACUCCGAGAAGAAGAUAGACCUCCUCAAGUUCAUCGCCAAGACUCGGCAGCGGAUGCUCCGCCUCCAUGUGCUCGCCAAGUGGUGCCAACAGGAAAAGUAGUAGCCAAAUUAUGUGCAAAAGUAGUAGCUAUAGUUAUCCUACUCAUUUUUGAGCUCGAGGUCAAGUCAAAGCUGGCGAGACCCGACGCAUUAGUUCCCCUCUACCCAAGUAUCCAGUUGAGUAUCAAGUCAAGUAGAAGGUAUCUCGUUAAGUGGAAAGUAUAGUAGUAGAUGCUCAAGAAGUGGAAAAUAGAAGGUUUCGUAUCUAAAGCCGUAGGAAGUUGCAAGUCCAUCAAAUUCAGUCUCAAGCAGUAGAAAGAAAGGUUGAAAGAAAGGAUUGAAGACUCACCCCUAAUACACUUAGGCGAAAGAACACGCAGGCAAGUGGAACUCGCACCCCAGCCUAUAAGUGUUAAGAGCACCCAUAGUCAGCU